CCGGGGGCGGCCCCGGGGAAAAGUCGGGUCCGGUUCGGGGACACAGCCCCAGAGCUGCCUGAGCCAUGGACUGCGGAGUCAUCACCUCCAAAACUGUGCUGCUGCUGCUGAGCCUCGCCUUCUGGGCAACAGCUGCAGGGCUCAGCUAUGUCGGGGCGUACGUCAUCAACGCCUACAAGAGCUACGACAACUUUCUGCAGGACAAGUACGUCGUGCUGCCAGCCGUGAUCAUUAUUUGCGUGGCUGUGGUGAUGUUCAUCAUCGGGCUGCUCGGCUGCUGCGCCACCUUCCGCGAGUCUCGGGUGGGCCUGGGGCUGUUCUUGGCUAUUAUCCUGGUUAUCUUCAUUGCAGAGGUGUCCACUUUUGUCCUGGGAUUUGUUUACAGAGAAAAGGUAAAAACUGAUGUGCAGGGCACAAUGCGCUCAGUCUUUGAGAAAUAUGAUGGCAAAAACAGCGAGUCUGAAGUUGUGGAUUACUUGCAAGAACAGCUUCACUGCUGCGGGGUUAAGAACUACAGUGACUGGACGACCACCCAGUGGUAUAAUUCCACUGGGAACCACAGUGUCCCCCUGAGCUGCUGCCAGCAAGAGGCCAAGAACUGCACAGGGCAGCUGGAUCAGCUGCAGGAGCUCAACACACGGGGCUGUGCACAGGAGCUGGAGUCUGGGCUGCAGAGUGUUAUCAGCUAUGUUAUGCUUGUAAUCCUGGGGUUUGCUAUCGUAAAGUUCUUCGCCAUGCUGAGCGUCUGUGUGCUUACCUGCAAGAAGCAAGAAAGUGAAUAUCAGCCUCUUCACUCAGGCGUGUUUGCUUAGUAAACUGAAAAGAACAGCCUUGCUUCCUGAUGAUGAGACUGACUCGUGAUUGCACCACAGCUUUAUGAAACAUUAUGGACCUGUGACUGCAGCUGGCACCAGGGGUUAGGAGCGGUAUUAGGGUCCAGAAAGAAACUUUAAUUCUGACCUUUUCCUCUGCCCCGAAAACACACAGCACAAACUUUAUCUUUUAAUCCAUAAAGUGCUGGAGGCCACCUGAGGGGUUUCAGAUCAUUCUCAUCAUGUGGUCUAAACAACAGAAGAAGCUCCUGACUGUCAAGUUUUUAAAUGCUCUUUGUAGGGAUAUAGGGGAUCUGUAGAAUGUUUUCUCUGUAUCUGUGCAAUUUUGGGUUUUUCCCCUUUCUUAGACCAUGCACUGUCAGCUUACUGCACAGGUUGUUAGUGGAAGACGGCCCCAUGUUUAAAGUCCAGAACAAUUUGUGUGGUUGUUUGCAGAAGUUAGCAAACAUGAAAAACUCCAGGUUUUGAGCUCUUGGGCUCAGGACUCUCUCAGGUUUGUUUUUAAUCUCUUAAUUACUGACAUUGAAAAUUCCUUAUGAAGCAGGGCUUUUGAACAUUUUCUUCCUCCUUUUUCCAUGGUUUGCCUGGGGGAAUUAGUGCCACAUUUCUGCUUUGACCAAGCCUCUCCACAUGUUAAAAAGAUGUUAAAUGUUGUAAAUGUAAAAUGUUAAAAAGAUGCAUUAUUGUAAAAAGAAAUUUCAAUAGCCUGCUGUGGCAGUGCUUUUGCACAUUUUCUGUUGUCCUUAAUUCUGCUGGACACAGUCACUCCUUGGAUUGCAUCCCUGCUUUAAUACAGUCCUUCUAUAACUCGUUUGUAUGUUAAUCUGUGUUUAUAAGCUCUUCAGGAUUUUGGGGAUAGAGAACAGAGGGAACUGUGAGCUUUUAUGUAUCAGGGAAUUGUGGAAAAGCAACAGAGAUUGUGCCGAUUCUUUCCUUGGAGAGAUAAGUAGCCUGUCCUUAACAAAAGAAACCUUUGUAUUUCUAACUAAUUGGAAAAAAAAGUUUGGGAUCAGUGUCAUUCCUACCCCAAGAGAAAAAAGAAAGUGAUGGCUGAUGAUGUCCUGUAGGAUACACACCAGCACGACCACGUGUAUGUCCAAAACUGAUUUUUUAUUGAGAGCUUUGUCUUCUGUUAAAUGCUGAAAUAAAGUGAAUUUAUACCACCAA